AUGGCCACACAAGGACAUGGGGACACAAGGGCCACUGCUGCCAGCAAUAUUAAACCAGGAAUAGAGUCCACCACAGCAGCCAGCGGCAAAACCUGCCCAGUGCACGACCCAAGCACAAAUGACCCAAAGAGGGCUUUUCGUAAGGGUUUAGGGAGACACAACGACUACGUGAAGAUUCCAGUCCCUGAGACCAAAGUCAAUCCUCUGCCCAUGGAGUGGUGGAAGACAAUCAUUGCUUUCUUUUAUGCCGGUUUCAACCUGGUUCUAACCACGGUUGUCAUCACAGUGGUGCAUGAGAGAGUUCCACCAAAAGAGAGCAGCCCACCUCUUCCGGAUAAGUUCUUUGAUUACAUCGACCGGGUUAACUGGGCGUUCACUGUCACCGAGAUUAAUGGCAUGGUGCUGCUGGCCAUUUGGAUCAUACAGCUGUUCUUCUUCAGAUACAGGUCGAUAGCACUGAGGCGUUUCUUCUUCCUGAUGGGCACGCUGUACUUGUACCGCUGUGUGACCAUGUAUAUCACCACCCUGCCUGUCCCUGGCAUCCACUUCUCCUGCGCCCCCAAGCUGCACGGAGACUCCCACGCCAAGCUCCUGCGGGUCCUGCGCCUCAUAUCUGGAGGAGGACUGUCCAUUACCGGCUCCCAUCUUAUGUGUGGAGACUUCUUAUACAGCGGCCACACGGUUAUGCUCACGCUGACUUACCUGUUCAUUAAAGAGUACUCCCCACGCUCCUUCUGGUGGUACCAUGUGGUGUGCUGGCUGCUCAGUGCUGUGGGCGUGCUGUGUAUCCUGGUGGCUCAUGAGCACUACAGCGUGGAUGUGGUGGUGGCCUACUUCAUCACCUCGCGCCUCUUCUGGUGGUACCACACCAUGACCAGCUUACAGACUCUGAAAUGCUUCCCAAACAACUACCUCCAAAACACCUGGUGGAAUCCUGCUUUCAACUUCAUGGAGAGGAAUGUCCAGAGUGCGGUGCCAUGCUCCUACAGCUGGCCCUGCACCUGGCCCCCCGCCUGCCUCAAGAGCCCCUGUAAGAAGUACUCCAUGGUGCAGACCUUUAGAGAAGAGUGA